CUAAUCUCACAAUUUUGACCUUAAUCCCAGGAGCUGACUUUUUCUCAGAACUAAAAUUAACUUCUAUAGAGAUUUAUUUUUUUCCUCAGAAUUCUGACUUUAAUCCCAAUAUUCUGGCUUUGUUUCCUUUUUAUUUGUUUUUAUAAAACCACCAGCACCACUUCCUGACAUACUUGAAAUUGUAUUAUUGUCUAUUCAAUAUAUUUUCUAAACACUUUCUACACUGGUCAAAAAUGACAAAAAGAAAAGUACAUGAAGAAGAUUGACACCAUUCUUAACAUGCGGUCUGUGAUGACUUCCUGCAAUGGAAGUUACACAGUAAAACCCCCUCUCUGUGUGGUUGUUCAGAGGAUGUGGGGGUAGAAGCAUGAUGCCAGGUUUUUAUGUCAUCACCUCCGGGCAGAUUUUACAUGCAGCACAGAUCUGUCCCGCAGGUUAAUUUACCGUGGGAAUAAUACACAACGCCUUAUAUGGACAUCCUGGAGGUGUGUCUUUAUAGUUCAAAUAUUCAGGCUUUAAAAAAAUGCACAAAUUCACAAAUUCUAUACGGUUUUAAACAUUUUAAGUACCUUUUGCUCAGGUGUGUUUAUAUAGUCGGCGAAAAUUGUAUUUAUUUUUCAUCAGAUUGCCGAGGUGGUGCUGAAAAAAAGGAUAUAUUCUUAUAGCCUCUGUAUAUACUAUACGUUUAAACAUAGUAAUGGGACAAAGUAGCCAACAUGCUCUGUGCUCUAAGGGUUAAUUGGUCAUCAGAAAUUAAUGAAUUUUAUUUCUGAUUUUUUUUUUUCUGAAGCAGAGAGAGCUACGUCAUCAUGUCUGAAACAAGUCUUAUUUAUUGUUAUUAUUUAACAUUUGUUCUCACUUUACGAGUUUCAAAUAUACACUCUACUCUCUUAAAUUCUACUUCAUUUAAAUGUAUUUGGAAAACAGACUGGAAAAGCUUCUCUUUCACACACAUGCUAUCUGGACAUUUAAAGACCUGUAGGAGUCGAUGAAACUGAUGACACUUUGCACGAGUGAAGAAAGUGUCGGGUGAUUUGAGGUUUGUAGCAAGUGUGGUUUCUCUCCUGUGCAUGUGUGUGUCUGGUCUUUGUCUGUGUGUGUGUGUGUCUGUGUACGUGUGUGUGUGUGUGUCUAUGUCUGUGUACGUGUGUGUCUGGUCUGUGUGUCUGUCUGUCUGUCUGUCUGUCUUUGAUGUCAUCAUUUGUGAAAGGCUGCUUAUAAAAGCAGAAGUUUGAGACUCGGGCGCUCAGUGUGAACGACCGGGGAGAGAGAGAGAGACAUAUUGAGGCGACAGAGUUGACACCAAGGUGACCAUCACAAUCCUCACAAUCCUCACAAUCCUCACAAUCCUCACAUCGAAGGACAAUGAGCAACUUUGAUUUGUCUGACGCUCUGGAGAGCCCACUUGACUGGACCGCAGAGAAAACAGAGGGUCAAUCCUGCUGCUCUGACAUUGAGUGUGAUCCAGAUGAGAUCUUCAAACUCGACAUGGACCUCGAGCUGGUGGUUUCCCAGAACCCCCUCCCCAUGCACCGCGUGGUUUCCCUGCUGCUCGGAGCAAACAAGAUAAAAAAGUAUCUCCAGCGUAAAGGCCGUGGGCUCAGUGACGACCAGCUCUGCACGAUGAUCAUGAACAGCAUAGAGAAGACAGUUGUCGAGAGUGUGGGGACGUCCUCGUCCCCCUCGGGGCGCAGAAUCACCUUAAACCGCCUCCGCAGUUGGGAGUGUUGUCUGACUGACCGUGAAAAAAAGGACAUCAUCUGCACGGCCGCGUCCACAUCAGUGGAACUGUGCGCUGCGACGCUCAAAGGAGGGAACCACAGUCACAAAGCGACAUUUAAAAUGGCGUCAUACUCUGGUUCUGAGAUGACUGUUGCUCUGUCGCUCAUCAAACAGAAACUGUACAUUUCCUGCACCAUGAUAGAUGACAAAGCUGUGCUGCGUCUGGAGGAAUGUGACGAGAAGGAUUUAAAGGCCAUCAGCAAUGAAAGUGACAUGGAGCGUUUCCUCUUCCACGUCAAGGGGGUGGACGGCACCAGGUUUGAGUCUGUGAAGUGCCGCGGCUGGUUCAUCAGCACGUCCUACGAGGAAGAACUCCAGCCACUGGAGAUGUGUCAGGUGGACGCUGUCAACAGGGAAAUCGCCUUCAGCAUGAAGUGAAAACUCCAUGUGUGUUCACUGUGAAUGUCACCAUUUCCUCCACAUGACCAUUAGGUGGAGCUGUGUCUAACAGUUUGGUAAUGCUCUGUGAGGGUUGAGUCCAAUGUAACUCACUUACAAAUGUAAUAUUAAUUUCUUGCUGUGAGAGAUGUAUCUUCUUUGCUGGAGGGUUGUAACAGGAUAUUCCUUUGUUGAUUGUUGUUAUUUAAAUUAUAUAAAAAAAGAAGAAUAAAGAAAAGGAUAAGG